AUGAGCAAUCAUCACACCAAUACAGAGGAAGUCAACAAGAAGUAUGGACUGAAAAGCUUACUUGGCAAUUUGGCGAAGACUCUGCUUUGCCCAGAGGGUUACCUUUUGGAAGCUUGGCGUUUAUAUAAAGAGGCUUGGGAAAUCUUUGGAAACAUCGAUGUGUUGAUCAACAAUGCUGGAAUCAGAGGCAAUGUCAAGUCGAGUUUGGAUUGGUCAGAAGAAGAAUGGGACAAAGUCUUCAGAACCAACUUGACCGGAUCUUGGCUAGUAUCCAAACACGUAUGUCUUUUGAUGCGUGACGCUAAACGCGGUGGCUCGGUGAUAAACAUAUCGUCGAUCUCUGGACUUCACCGCGGUUUAUUGCCUGGUGGACUUGCGUAUGCUUGUUCUAAAGGCGGUGUUGAUACCAUGACGAGGAUGAUGGCUAUUGAGUUAGGUGUUUACAAGAUCAGAGUGAACUCGAUCGCGCCGGGGCUUUUCAGGUCAGAAAUCACACAAGGUCUUAUGCAGAAAGAGUGGCUAAAGAAUGUUACUGAACGUACUGUACCGUUAAAGAUGCAACAGACUGUGGAUCCGGGGCUUACAUCUCUCAUGCGCUAUCUCAUUCAUGAUUCUUCUCAAUAUGUCACUGGGAAUACAUACAUUGUCGAUUCAGGGACUACACUACCCGGUGUGCCCAUUUUUUCUUCUCUCUGAAUGUCUUGUGCGCUUGUACAUUCUGAUAAGAACAAAGUAUUUUCCAAUAAAUGGCAAGUAUUGGCAUUAA